CUAGCGGGCACCCGGCCGGCCGCCAUGGCCCUCAGCGGAGCUCCGGGCUGCCGCGCCGGGGAGCGGGGGCCCCGCUGGAGGAGGCCCUGGAAGCUCCUGGCCCUUGGCCUGCUCUCCGCCUCCUCCGUGCUGGCGGCUGCCCCGGGCGCCGGGGCCAUGAGCAGGGAGGAGAAGCGCCGGCUGGGAAAUCAAGUGCUUGAAAUGUUUGAUCAUGCAUAUAGCAAUUAUAUGGAGCACGCGUAUCCAGCUGAUGAGCUCAUGCCUUUAACUUGCCGUGGACGAGUGCGGGGUCAGGAGCCAAGUCGAGGAGAUGUGGAUGAUGCCUUGGGAAAGUUUUCACUGACCUUAAUUGAUACCUUGGACACUCUUGUGGUGUUAAAUAAAACCAAAGAGUUUGAAGAAGCUGUAAAAAAAGUAAUAAAGGAUGUUAAUUUAGAUAAUGACAUAGUUGUGUCUGUCUUUGAAACCAACAUAAGAGUCCUUGGAGGUCUCCUAGGCGGGCACUCAGUGGCAAUUAUGCUGAAAGAAAAAGGUGAAUAUAUGCAGUGGUACAAUGGUGAACUCCUGCACAUGGCAAAGGAACUGGGCUACAAGCUUUUACCUGCUUUUAACACCACUAGUGGUCUCCCUUAUCCAAGAGUUAAUUUAAAAUUUGGUGUAAGACAUCCAGAAGCACGAACAGGAACAGAAAGUGAUACCUGUACAGCUUGUGCUGGUACCUUGAUCCUUGAGUUUGCAGCUUUAAGCAGAUUCACAGGAACAUCUAUAUUUGAGGAAUAUGCCCGGAAGGCGCUGGAUUUUAUCUGGGAGAAGAGGCAGCGCAGCAGCAACUUAGUGGGGGUCACCAUUAACAUCCACACCGGAGACUGGGUCCGCAAAGAUAGUGGAGUUGGAGCAGGAAUAGAUUCAUACUAUGAAUAUUUAUUAAAAGCCUAUGUCUUGCUGGGAGAUGACAGUUUCCUGGAAAGAUUUAACACGCACUAUGAUGCCAUAAUGAGAUACAUCAGCCAACCACCUCUUCUCCUUGAUGUUCACAUUCAUAAACCAAUGCUGAAUGCUCGGACCUGGAUGGAUUCUCUGCUUGCUUUCUUCCCUGGAUUGCAGGUGUUGAAGGGUGAUAUUAGACCUGCUAUUGAAACACAUGAGAUGCUGUAUCAGGUUAUAAAAAAGCAUAACUUUCUUCCAGAGGCAUUCACAACAGACUUCAGAGUUCACUGGGCUCAGCACCCUCUGAGGCCUGAAUUUGCUGAAAGCACCUACUUCUUGUAUAAGGCUACAGGAGACCCCUACUACCUAGAAGUAGGAAAAACCCUCAUUGAAAACUUGAACAAGUAUGCCAGAGUUCCCUGUGGGUUUGCUGCAAUGAAGGAUGUUCGUACAGGAAGUCAUGAAGACAGGAUGGACUCAUUCUUCCUGGCUGAGAUGUUUAAAUAUCUGUACCUGCUGUUUGCUGAUAAGGAGGACAUGAUUUUCGACAUUGAAGAUUAUAUCUUCACUACAGAAGCUCAUCUAUUGCCACUCUGGCUCUCCACUACAAACCAAACCAUCUCUAAAAAAAAUACAAGCACAGAGUACACAGAGCUGGACGACAGCAACUUUGACUGGACCUGUCCAAACACCCAGAUCCUCUUCCCCAAUGACCCCAUGUUUGCCCAGAGCAUCCGGGAGCCUCUGAAGAACGUGGUGGAUAAGAGCUGUCCCAGGGGCAUUUCCAGAGCAGAAGAUAGUUUGGGAAGUGGACCAAAACCACCGUUGAGAGCCAGAGAUUUCAUGGCCAGUAAUCCUGAGCACUUGGAGAUCCUGAAGAAGAUGGGAGUCAGUUUGAUCCACCUGAAAGAUGGACGAGUACAAUUGGUGCAGCACGCAGUGCAAGCAGCAAGUUCCCUGGAUGCUGAGGAUGGCUUACGGUUCAUGCAGGAAAUGAUCGAACUCUCCAGCCAGCAGCAGAAAGAGCAGCAGCUCCCUCCUCGUGCUGUCCAGAUUGUAUCCCAUCCCUUCUUUGGCAGGGUGGUCUUGACUGCUGGGCCAGCCCAGUUUGGGAUGGACUUGUCCAAACACAAAGCAGGGACAAGAGGAUUCGUUGCAACCAUUAAGCCAUAUAAUGGAUGCUCAGAGAUCACUAAUCCUGAAGCGGUCAAAGAGAAAAUUGCUUUGAUGCAGAGAGGCCAGUGCAUGUUUGCUGAAAAGGCUCGAAACAUUCAGAAAGCUGGAGCAAUAGGAGGCAUUGUCAUUGAUGACAACGAGGGCAGCAGCAGUGACACUGCCCCUCUCUUCCAAAUGGCUGGGGAUGGCAAGAACACAGAUGACAUCACCAUUCCCAUGCUCUUCCUCUUCAACAAGGAAGGGAACAUCAUCCUGGAUGCCAUCCGGGAGUAUGAGGCCGUGGAGGUGCUCCUUUCUGACAAAGCAAAAGACAGAGCAACAAUCUUUAAAGGUAAAAUGAUUCCAAACUACAUUAUUGAUAGCAACUUGGAAAUGGAGAAUAUGGACCAGAAAUCAUCUGAAAAUGAUUCACACAAACCAAACUCUGAGGAAUCCCCUUCAGAAUCUCAGGAUGCUGGAGCAGUCAGUGAGGAGCCCGAAGGAGGAGAGAGCUCUGCUGUUGGUGACCCUGAUCCUUUGCCUCCUGCCAGCACAGACAGUGCCAGUGUUUCCAUGGCAGAUGAGGAUCCCCACGCCUCUGGACCCACAGAGGCUGAUGCUCCAGAGCCAGCAUGUUCACCAGGGGACAGCCAGCCUCAGGAACAAAACACCCAGACAGAGGCCAAUUCCAAAGCUCACUGGGAUAGUAAAGUCCAGCCUAUGGAAUCCAUAUUAGCAGACUGGAAUGAAGAUAUAGAAGCAUUUGAAAUGAUGGAAAAGGAUGAGCUAUGACUUGUAAUAAUAACUUAUUUGUUAAUAAACAAAUGGAGACCUCUUUGGGUAGAAGUGAGGCCCAGAUAUCCAAGAAAACAUAUUCAGUAUUGGGAUGAGCAACCAGGUGUCACCUGGAAAACAACAUAGAAUUCCAGCACAGGCUCUUUGUAUGUUUUAAUUUUUCCUGUUUAAAAAUGGGAACGUGCAAUCAAAGCAUUUGUGUGGCCCCGUGGCUGGUGCUGUGCCCCAGGCAGGGACAAGCCUGACUUGUGCCUUCCAGGCUCUGAGGGGACUCCUGGGGCUCUGGGAAGCAGGAGUUGAGCAGGGUGGGGUGACAGACCAAGCCUUCCUUACAGCAGGAGGGAAAUUGUUUCCAGGUGUUUGCACAGCUGGAAGCAGUCUGGCUUUGUCUGGCCUAUCAGUGCUGCUCAUCACUCCUUGCACCCCUUACCACGAGGAACCACAUGGGCACCUGGGAGUUCUUUUCCUGCUGCCUCCAGCUGGAGGAAUUGUACAAACCAAAGGCAGAGUGUGAGCAGGUCCCCUCAGGGAGGCUGGGCCAGCUGUGGGGCCACCAGGAAAAGGUGUGGGAAGGUCCUGCUGGAGGCUGAGGGGAAGCAGACAAGGCAGGUGUUGAGUCCCAGGUGUUUCCUUUGGUCUCCCAGGUGGAAAAACUCCAAUCUGCUCUGAAAUCUGAAAGAGUCUCUGAAAGGACACAGCUCCAUCAGCUGUAACAAGACCUUUUUCUACAAGUUUGACUUCCAACAGCUUGACUCUGUUGUUCUUUUUAUACACAACUUGUGUAUGUGGUGUUUGAGGCAGGGAGGCUGGGGCCAGUGAGAAAGAGCAACAGUUUUGGUGGUUGGGUUGAUAGUUCAGAGUCCAGAGGUGGUGUUACCCAGGCUCUGGAGUUUGUUACAGGUAAGUGGAAGUCAGAAUUUGUUAUCCACUUUAUAUUUAAUUAAACUUGAGGAAGUUUAAACAACAUAGAGACAUUUUGACUGUGUCCAAAGAAACUGCCAAAAACUAAUUAACUUGAUUUAUAUAAACUGCUUUUAGUGAAUUGUGGUUAAAAAAUGGUUUUAUAUUAAAGACUAAAUGAACACUGCCUAUAUGCUGCACCAGGCUAAAAAUGCAGGUUUAUGUUCAUCAUUGCAAAGGAGUAAAUAAACAGGAAGCCCCACUCUGGACUGCACCUUUGAUUUAGCUGGUGCAAUUACACGUGCUGAAUAUGCAACUGUUAAUUAGCACAGCCAUACUCUGUAUUUAUACUCUGUACAGUGAGCAGAGCAAUCCCAGGCAAUGCUGGAUCCAUGUACUCAGCCACACUUGCUUUCAAAAGUCUCAGAAUGCACAGGCACCUUUUGAGAGCAUGGCAAUCCAUCUAAAUAUCAUCCAGAACUUUAUAUGACAAGGGUAGGAGGGAAUUCAAGGAUGAAUAGUGUGUAAGUGUCCUUUGAAAGAAAUUAGCUCUUAAGUGGAGUUGUUGUUCCUUUGCACGAGUAACUGUGCAAAGUCUGGAGGUUUAGACUUGAAGCAGCUGGGGUUUGCAGUUGGGAAUGUUUUCAUUUAUGGGUUUUGUUACAUGAGUUCAUAGAAGCAUUUGACCAUGGGAGCCUUGUAAGUGUCCUUGGUUCCUUGGAGCCCUGGGAGUGCCAGGACAUGACCAAGUGCAGGAUCAAACCAUGAGGUGCAGAUCAAACAUUUUCGUUGAUCUGUCAGUGCUCAGUGCCACAAAAGGAGCAUCUUUGUUCCCAUGCUUUUUGACAUGGACAUCUUCCUUCUUGAUAGCUCUUUUGGUGGAAAUAGAGUUAUUUUUAUAUCCUAGAGGCCUCUGGUCAUUACUAUCUCAAUAUAGCAGCUAAAGGUUUUCUUUUUUUACUUGCAGAUUUAGGUGUAGGUGUCAAAUUGUAUUAAAAGGUUAACUUUCCUUGCCAUCACCAGCUCAUUUUUAGUAACUGCUUUCUCCACCUGUUAGUAGAGCAGCAGGCAUUACCUUUCAGGGAUCCCAAACUCCAUGUGGAUUUAGGGGGCAGCAUUUUGGUGGUGGCCUACCUCAGAUAACUGUUGCCUCCUUCCUUUUGAAGUGGUUUUUGUUUCAUUUGGUUCUGCUUCACCUUUGAAACCAUCACGAGAGCCAUAGCUUUGUUUACAGAACUGAAUCAGACAAGGUUGACCUUUUGGGAAAUAGGAUUAAAUUGGGGGGACAGUUUUUAUUCAGGUUACUUUCACUUUGUAUUUCCUCAUGAGGACAUAGGCUUUAGUUUAACCUGUUCAUAUCAUUCUGGAAGGAAUUCAGUUUUCUGUUACUAUCAUCUUAAAAAGCAAAAAGAAUGUAUUCAUCAAAAAGAAAAACUCUUUUGGAAAGGGGCAGAGAGUGUUCUUCCAAAUGUUUGGAAGUCUGCUCCCUGCAUAUGGAAUAUUGCUCCUAGAUCAUAAAUCAGGAAUCACCCUUUGUGUAUAGCAUUGUACAUUUCUUUGUAUGGUAUUGAACACUGAAGAAUUCAGGAAUCACAGCUGCAACUAGCACUUACUCCAUGCCAUGUAAUUCAGAUCAGCCAAUUAAUUUGUCAUUUGAUCUUACAGGAAUCUUCUUAAUUGUUUACAUUUAUUGUUUCUUAAUGAAGUUUGAGAAUGUGCCCAGCUCUGGUUCUCCUCCUGCCAGUGUUCCCUGCGUAGGCAGCAGUGAGUGUGAGAGGUGAAAAACAGGACAUCUUAUGCAACAGGCAUCUGUCAGAACAUAGAGACAAACCAUUCUGUGAAUGAAAAUUGUAUGUGCAGAUUUUAUAAGAUUUUUGGUUUGUUUUUUUUUUUUUUUUAGCCAGACCAAUUUACAGCCGUAUAUUUUCUUAUGGAAGAUGUCUAAUAACAGGUGCUGUAACACUGUUGUUGGGUUUUACUCUCUGGUGGUAAGUGUACACAACAUUCUUAAGGGCAACUAUGUACUGUGAUGUAAAAGUCUGGGCUAAAAUGUAUAUAAUCCGUGUACAUAAUUGUGUACUUGAUUAUAACUGCUGAUUGUAAAGAUUUAAUAAAAUGUAAAUAUUCUGGUCA